AUGCACUCACUAUCCCUCUUGCUCCUUGGUGCCGUCGCGGGCGUCAAUGCCAUGCUCGGCGCCGAAAUUGAAGCCGUCAUACUCCCGGACAACCAGUUCAUCUGCGCCGACGACUGCGUCCACCAAGGCGUCUUCUUCGGGAGGACCCUGGCGGCGUGCCCCGAGAACGAGACUGUCGUUUUCCUGGACAAGGACGGCCAGCCCGAUACCGACCCCGACACCGGAAGCAGUUUGCUCUGCCGCGGACAUCCGGCGCUCAGCAGGCCGGGUUACGGCCAGCGCGAGCGCAAGGCCGACGAGGUGCCUCAGCAGUGCAAGCUCCAGCCAUUCACCGACCCUGAAGAAAUCGGCUGCAUGGCCAACAAGCAGUCUAGCGGAGCCCCCGGCCAGAAGCUGCAGUGGGCGGAUGUCGCGAAGCUGGUCGACCAGGCCACUGGCGCCGCGGGACAACAGGGCUCCCAGCCCCAGUCCCAGCCUCAGCCUCAGCCGUCCGCGGGCCAAAAGUCGCGCGAGCAGUGCGCCAAGGAGGGCCAGGAGGCCUUUGCCAACUGCGACCAGGGAUUUGCCGAGUGCGACCGGCUCGGCCGCACCGCCAUUGAAAACUGCCUGUUCAGUCAGUAA